GGAGUUUGGACAGUCGAGGUUCCAGGAAUCGGGGACGCGAGAGCUCAGGCAUCAGGGAACUGAAAAGAGGGAACCCAUAAGCCAUUGGACAUGUCUCACUCUCUAUCCUUCCUUCACAGCGCUUUUGCGUCUUCGCAACAAUUUUUUCUGCCAUCCAAGUUGGUCGCACCGCAAACCCUUCCGUCACCGCUAAUUGUAGCCAAGGCUAGAACCAGGGGAGACAACAGGGUCGCUCGACACUCUCGUAUUAGAAAGAAGGUGGAAGGGACACCAGAGAGGCCAAGAUUGUCUGUUUUCCGCUCCAGCAAGCAUCUCUAUGUCCAAGUGAUUGACGACAGUAAGAUGCAUACCCUUGCUUCGGCUUCAACAAUGCAGAAACCCAUCUCUGAGGUGUUUGAUUAUACCUCUGGACCCACCAUCUGCAGAGUUCUCAAUUUAGCAAGCUUUUUGCACCAGGAAGUGGCAAAGAAGGUGGGUGAAGUAAUUGCCAAGUCCUGCUUGGAGAAGGGGAUCACAAAGGUGGCCUUUGAUCGAGGUGGUUACCCUUACCAUGGACGUAUUGAAGCACUCGCUGAUGCAGCUCGAGAACAUGGCCUCCAAUUCUGAGAACUAGAUGGUCACUUUUUUUAGUCUCUUGAUGACUGUCUGAUUAGACAGAGGAAUAACUAACGAAUCUUUCUAAAUUACUUGUAGGGCAUUGUUCUCUGGACAAGCAUGAAAACACACAC